AUGAGGCUCAUCUCGUUUCUACCGCUCCUUCUUGUUGCUCGGGUCCGCGCCAGCGCCUUUGCGACGUUCACCCAUCAAGCAUUUCCGGAAUAUGGCAUCCGAGUCAAGCUUUUUCUGGAGAAUACAACGGGAUUUUGCGACCCGGCUGUCCGCUCGUAUGCUGGCUAUGUGGAUAUUCAAGCUCGGCAUCUGUUCUUUUACUACUUUGAAAGUCGAAGCGCGCCAGAGUCUGAUGAUGUGCUGCUUUGGUUUAACGGCGGACCUGGAGGUGCCUCUUCACUUGGCCUAUUCAUGGAGCUAGGCCCAUGUACCGUAACUUCGGAAAACACAACAGAGAUCAAUCCGUAUUCGUGGAACUCGAAAGCGAAUACCUUAUUUAUCGAGCAGCCUGUUGGUGUGGGCUUUUCUUACGCAGAGUAUGGGCAGUCAAUCGAUACAACGGAAGCUGCUGCGAACGAUAUAGCAGCCUUUCUGGCUAUUUUCUUCGAAUCCAUGGACGGGUUAAAGGGUCGUCGCUUACAUAUUGCAGGCGAAUCAUACGGUGGGCGAUAUGUGCCACUGUUUGCCUCUCAAAUAUUCGACAACAAUCAGCGUGCGACCCAGCUGGGAAUAACACCCAUCAACCUCAUUUCGGCGAUUGUAGGCAAGUCAAUUGACCUAUUGACUAGUCUGUGCUGUCCAAACAAAACUCAGGAAAUGGCUGUAGCGAUAUUUUUCAGUUAUACCAUCACUUCAUACUACGACAUGCAAUGCGGCAUCACCAGUCCUAAUGUCCGUCCGAUCCAGACGAUAAGCAAUUGCGUCCAGAUGAAGACAAUUCUCCCUCGCUGUAAGAAGGCCAUUCAAGCCCACUGUAUUGAUACCUUCGAUAUAAUCAACUGCAUGGCCGCAGAGUCUUUCUGUGGGGAAGCCUUGAUGACGCCUUUCACGCUCACAGGCAAGAGUAUGUACGAUAUGCGGACCGAGUGUAUUGGCGAGGUCACUGACACACUCUGCUAUCCAAUCACUAAAAAAAUCGCGGCAUACCUCAACUCGUCACCGAUACGCUCCAUACUCGGCGUCCCAUUGGCUCCGGCGUUGCCUAAUAUCACCAUGGCCAAUAUGACCGUCAACGCGCUGUUCUCCGCCUCCGGAGAUGUCCACCAAACCAGCACCGGGCACUUGGCGGCGUUACUGGAUCACGGCGUUCAAGUCUUACUCUACGCGGGCUCUUCCGACUUCAUCUGUAACUACGUUGGCAUCGAGCGACUUGCGAGAGGGCUGGAAUGGUCUGGGCAAGAGGAAUUCGCCGCUGAGCCGUUGAGAGAGUUGCUGGUUGACGGCGUGGCGGUUGGAGAGAUGCGUGAGUUUCAUGGGUUGACCUUCGCCAGUGUGUGGAACGCAGGACACAUGGUCCCGCACGACAAACCAGCCGAGGCACUAGCACUCAUCAAUCGCUGGCUGGCCGACGGUCGUCUAUCAGGAACGAGGAAGUAG